AUGACGCUGGGCAAGCGCGGCCGGCCGGCUUUCAGGAGGGCGGCGAGCACGGCAGAGGUCACGUUCGACGUCGGGAUCCCAGAGGCGACGGUGAUGGCCGGAGGGGAGUUUGACAACGGCUACUAUCGCUUGCUGUCGCCGAGGUACCUCGGGAAGAACUUCUCCGGCGGCGGGGAGAAUUCCGAGCCGGCUGAUUUUUUGAGGAGCUGCGGUCUCUGCCACCGCCGGCUGGCCACCGGCCGUGAUAUCUACAUGUAUCGGGGUGAUACCGCAUUUUGUAGCCUAGAGUGUAGAGAGCAACAAAUGAACCAAGACGAAAGAAAAGAGAGGCGUGCAGGCAUGACCAAAGACGACCAAACCCAGUCGCCAGAAGUGGCAGCUGCCGCCACCGAAGCCAAAACAAUGGCGGCGGCCUGA